AGCUGGAGCAAAAUAGAAGUCAUAAUCGUUGCGAAAUUUUCGUCGCUGCUUCGUUACUAUGAAGUAAAUAAACAAAAUUCUAGUGAGAAGUGGUCACUACUUUUUAUAAACUGGAAUGGCAUCGAAAGUAGUAGCCACCGCCACCGUUAGAGCUGUUAAAGGAAAAAAGCUUCUCCCAGCGAGGGCUGCAUUAACUUUGACACCCGCUGCUGUUGCAAGAAUAAAACGCCUACUAGAUGGAAAAACUGAAUAUAUUGGAUUGAAAGUGGGAGUCCGCCAAAGGGGAUGUAAUGGGCUGUCUUAUACUCUCGACUAUGCUACCAGCAAAGAUAAGCUGGAUGAAGAAGUCAUACAGGAUGGAGUAAAAGUUUUAAUAGACAAAAAAGCACAACUUACACUGUUAGGUACGGAAAUGGAUUACAUAGAAAAUAAACUAGCGUCGGAGUUUGUUUUUAAUAAUCCAAACAUCAAGGGAACGUGUGGAUGUGGCGAAUCUUUUAAUAUGUAAAUAUUAAAAUGCAGUGAUAGUAAUGCCAUAGAAAAACUAAAUAGCGUGUCGAAUUGCAGGAUCUAAUUUAGUUAGAAUGGCUGUUAUUUUAUAUAUUAGAAAAAUUUAAUUUUAGUUCAAUAAUGGAAUAAAUACU